CAAAGGUUGUGUACAUCUGUCGGGGUUUACGUCCAGGAAACGUAAUGCAGCCGUAAACUCACAAAGUUUUUGCUUUCUGAGCUUCAGGCAGAGAAUAAAAUCUCCGAAGUUUCCAAGUUAUAAGAAGACCCUGCGCUUUUUAAUUAAUCCAUUACGUGAACGCCACUCCUGUCUCCCUCUUGGUCUCCCGGCCCUUCCAGUCUGCCAUCAUGAGCUCUUGACAUCUGUCUUGUUCUAAGUCGUCAUGAGUGGUGCUGCGCUGGCUGUGGUGGUGGUUGUCGUUUUCUUCUUGGCCCUCUACCUCCUCCACCGUUAUGGAGAUUUGCGGAAACAGCAGCGGCUGGUCCUGUUAGGGACGCUGCUGUCCUGGUACCUCUGCUUCCUCAUCGUCUUCAUCCUGCCACUUGAUGUCAGCACGACCGUCUACAAGCAGUGUGUUUUCACCAAUACAAACCACACUACCGCUGCAACUCCAACGAAGCACAGGAAUCAGAAUGAGGCCAGCGCAUCUCCCUAUCCAUCUGUGAGUGUACCAAAGGUUUGUGAGGAGCCUUGGAGUUAUAUCCCAGAUGAUGUCCUUCCAGUGUUGUGGAGAGUUAUAUACUGGACUUCCCAGUUUCUUACAUGGCUGCUGUUGCCUUUUAUGCAGUCUUAUGCACGGUCAGGAGCUUUCUCAGUGGUUGGAAAGAUUAAAACAGCUUUAAUUGAAAAUGCGCUUUAUUAUGGCACAUACCUCCUUAUCUUCAUCUCUCUGCUCGUCUAUGUGGCUUUUCACCCACAGUGGAAACUCACAUGGAUGGAGUUCCAGACCAUCUGUAUUACAGCUGCCAACACCUGGGGCCUCUUCCUCCUGGUGCUGUUGCUAGGCUAUGGCUUGGUGGAAAUCCCACGGUCUUAUUGGCUGUCAUCUUCCAAUGAUUACUUGCUAGCAAAGAGCUACUUCAAGGUAGCAAAGAUGGCUACUGAGAAGGCAGAGGCAGAGGAGAAACUUGCAGAUGUCAUGGAGGAUGUAGCAGGUGUCCAUGCCUCUGUCAGGCACAACCAUUUCCUCAGGAAGUAUGUGGAUACAAUUUUGACAAAGUGUCCCAGUAAGUACCAUGAAGAGAUGAGAAUAAAUGUGGAAAUCUCUCAUGUGGACUCAAACGCCCCUCCCACAAAAAGAGUCCUAGUUAACCUUCACGAAAAAGUAAUCAGUGCAGUGCAGAGACACAAUCAGACUCAGGUUCAGUGGUCUAUCCUGUUAGAGCAGGCCUUUCAUCUGGAAGAUGUAGCUAAAAGCCGGAGCAGCCCACUCCGACAUUUCACCCACAGCUUCCCUGUAGCACACCAUGGCUGGAUCCGUAGGUUCAUCUACACUCCUACUGUAGAGUGGUUUUGGGAGUGUGUUCUCAGACAGGGCUACUGCAGGCUGCUGGCCGUCCUUCUAUGCCUCUUCUCUGCUGCGGUAGUCUGGUCCGAGUGUACCUUCUUCAGCACGCACCCAGUCCUCUCUCUGUUUGCAGUCUUUGUUCAGAUGGCUGAAAAACAAUACAACUACAUUUGCAUUGAGAUGGUGUGCUUUGUCAUUAUCCUGUUCAUGUGCGUUUGCGUCUACUCCACAGUUUUCAGGAUACGCUUUUUCAACUACUAUUACCUGGUGCCACAUCACCAGACUGAUGCUUACAGCCUGCUGUUCAGUGGCAUGUUGUUUUGUCGUCUGACUCCUUCUUUGUGCCUUAACUUUCUGGGAAUGAUUCACAUGGAUUCUGCCAUCUCGCACCAGGACAGAAUACAGACAUCCUACACCUCUAUUAUGGGCUCUAUGCAUCUGCUGUCUUUCAUAUCUGAUGGGUUCUACAUCUAUUAUCCCAUGCUGGUGUUGCUGCUGUGCUUUGCUACUUUUUACAAUCUGGGGUCUCGCUGUUUGAACCUCUUGGGCUUCCAUCAGUACAUCACUGAUGACGAUUUGACCUCUGACCUGGUGGAUGAUGGCAGGGAACUGAUCAGAAGAGAAAGAAGGAAAAGACAGAAAGCUGAAGAUGGAGAGAAUCGAAGAUGGGCGUGGAGGGAGCGAUAUGGAGUUGAGGGAGCCACUGGGCGGAACAGAACUGGUUACACUGAGUUAAAGGAUAACCAGGAGGAUCCUGUAACAAAGAUCAAGAAAAGUGUUUCCACAUUUACCAGAAGAAAUGAAAAGGCAGAUGAGCAGCAGACGGGCUUACUGCAGGAAAGCUCCCAUGAAGAGGAUUUGCCAAACACAAGAUCCACAGGAGGACGUUACCGCUCUCUGUCACCUCCUCUGAAGAGCGUGUUUGACAACAUCUGAUGCACUGAGGACCUCGACGGAAAUCAAAACACGUGAUGUAAAUGGAAUAAAUUAUUCAAAUGCAAUAUUUUCUCCAAGGGAAGUUUGAAUGCAAAUAAUUCACUUUUAAGAAGAGAAAUGUUUAUCAUUUACUGGAUGAAAUUGAAAAUCUUAACUUUAAUAAAUAAUUUUUCUUUUUUAUCACAAGCAGUUUCUGAUUAUUUAUACAAAGAGAUCAGUAACUGUAAAGACUUAAGAUGUUUAUAUAAAUGUAUUUUUGAUAUUGUUGAGUUUAAUAAUCAAAUUGGUGGAUGAUAUGUUGAAAGAUUUUAUAUACAUUUCAUCCAUCCAUCCAUCCAUUUGCUUCCAUUUAUCCUGUUCAGGGUUGCGGGGGGGGGCUGGAGCCUAUCCCAGCUGUCAUAG